CCUCUGGGGUCUUGGAAUAUGAAGACCUGACGCCAUCUUUCAUUCCGUCAGUCCUGGAUUGAGUGACUUUAACGUAGUAUUAACUGUUGUUUUAGCUACUCGACAAAUACGAAACCAUGGGAAGAAAGAAGAAAAAGCAAAUGAAACCUUGGUGCUGGUACUGUAACAGAGAUUUUGACGAUGAAAAGAUUCUCAUUCAGCACCAGAAGGCCAAACAUUUCAAGUGUCACAUCUGUCAUAAAAAGCUGUACACUGGUCCUGGGCUCGCAAUCCACUGUAUGCAGGUACACAAAGAGACUAUCGAUGGCGUUCCUAAUGCGUUGCCUGGAAGGACAGACAUUGAACUGGAAAUCUACGGCAUGGAGGGUAUUCCAGAGAAAGACAUGGACGAGAGACGGAGGGUGCUAGAGCAAAAGAACCAAGACACUCAGAAAAAAAAGCAGAACCAGGAUGAUUCGGAUGAGUAUGACGACGAUGAUGAUGAGCCCGGUACCUCCUUCCAGCAGCCGGUCGCAGCCCACCCACAGCCGGGCUACAUCCACCAUUUGGCCCAGCCUGGCUUGCCUUCUGGCUCUGGUGUUGCAGGCAUGCCACCGGGAUGCUACUCAGGAAUUCCCUCAAUGAUGGCAGGUGUGCCAUCAAUGAUACCGGGAAUGCCCCCUGUAAUGCCAGGGCUUCCUCCAGGAAUGAUACCAAUGGGUGCAAUGAUGCCUCCAGGUCCAGGGAUGCCUCCAAUGAUGCCAAGUGUACCACCAGGCAUGCCUCCUCCAAUGGGCAAUCGUGCAGGCAUAGUACAUAUGCCUCAGGUCCCCCCUGUUAUACAUGCGCAAACCAGACCUGCCAUUCCGGUUGCCACUGCUGCCUCAGCACAGCCUGAUGUCACAAAACCUCUGUCCCCUAGUGCCGGGCAGAGUCAACACCCUGUCGCUGGCUCCCCCCACGCCCCCGCCUCUACCUCGUCUGACCCCUCAGAGGCCACAUUCCCAGCCUACAAUCAGUCCACUGCAGCUGUGCUCAGCCCCAGUGCUGGCAUCAAUACAGGUCUUAAACCCCCCUCUACAGUGACCAGUAAGCCUGCCACCCUCACCACCUCUAAUGCAACCAGUAAGUUGAUCCACCCUGAUGAGGAUACCUCGCUGGAAGAGUUGCGAGCUCAGUUGCCUAGGUACCAGCACAGUAUUUCCCACCAGUCCCAGGCCACCAGUGCAGCCCCAUCAGCGGGCCCCGUGAGUGGAAUGAUGGCUUCUCAGCAACCCAGCGUGAGGCAUGCAAUACCUGGCCAGUAUGGGGAUCCACCACAGGGGAUGCCGGGCUACAUACCAGGAGGCAUGACUGCAUAUGGACAGGCCUCUUCUGUGGUUCCUCCAGGGUAUCAGGGAGCCCCUACGGGGCCACCCAUGGGUAUGAGACCCCCUGUCAUGUCUCCUGGAGCCCGUUACUGAAGCCUUCCUCCCUCUCUUCUAUAGGUUUGGACACUCAACCCUUUUCACGUCCUGAGCUGCUAGUAGAUUAAUCAGUAUUGGUAUUGUAGCGACAUACUGUUUUUUCUACUGCUGAGCUAUGAGGAAGAGACAGUGACUAAAUCACAAACACAAAUGCUAUGAUAGCACCACAAAGCUGGGAAUUAUUUACACUGUACAUAACCAGGACUAUGAACUGUUUCAAACUAUUUCUGUUCUGUGGCUUUUUCCUUCUCGUGUUUCAUUUAGGUGUAUAGAAGUGUAGUAGAUUUGGUUCGUAGUGUUGUGAAGGCGCUGGAGUAACAUGGGCAGUACCCACCCAAUAUCAAGGCAAGUUUUAUGUAAAUACGUUUCUGUUCUAAGCUAAAGAGUGAGGCCUUCACAGCACAUUGUGCUGUUGGACUUUGUGUCCCCAACUUUGUUUGGUGAGGGCUUCAAGUAAGGAAUAUGAUUAUUUGGUUUUGUGUUAAUUUAAUGAGUAAAUAUUUCCUUAGCCUUAAAUAGAUGAAAUGAUAUAUGUAUUGUUGUAUGAUUGUAUUGUAAUAAACUGUGGCAAACAUUUAAGACUCUUCUUUGGGGGAUGUUAAAGAAAAAAGCUCGUCACAGCAGGUUUGUACUCAGUAAAGGUGAAAAUUGUUUCAGAUGAACAUUUUCAGAGAAAUAAUAACAUUGCUUUUGUUUGGAUAAAGAUUUUUUUAAUGAUGCUCUGUACAUGGCACUGGCCUCCUGGUCUUUGACAUUGUGCAUUGUACAGCUGCAUAAAGUUGGAGUCGCUAGCGGCUAAAACCCGGAUUUCUCUUCUCCCUGUAGCAUUUCCAUGGGGGACUGGCUGAGGCCCUGUCUCAGUGUAGCCCUGUUUCAGCCUGAGGCAAGUCUCACCAUUUUUUUGUCUUCUCAUUCAUUGUCAGGGGCCCUCACAGCUUUCACGCUGUUGGAUCUCCAUGUCCCCAAACUUGCAGCAAGUUUGGUGAAGGCCCUUGUUUGUGUUGGUGCGUCUAGACAUUUCUUUUGGCAUGUUGGCUUCUAUGAGCCGUUACAUAAGCGGUGGCAACACCAAGAAGCUGUUUGCAUUCAGAAGCUCUGCAAGGACGGUUCAGAGCUUUUAAGAGAAACCAUUUGGAUGGUCAAGUAUUAGUUAUUAUGCAGCAUCUGCAGCCAUGCCUACCGUACAUUAAAUGUGUUGGGAGACUUAAUGUUUACUACUAAAUCAUGUUUGUUUCAUCAGCUCUUCUCACUUGAUCAUUUGAGUGUAACCAAUUAAAUGGAGAAUCGCUGCCAGUAACAGGUUAGUUACAGCUGUAAGUACAACCGAUGUCAUUUAUUGUCAAAAAAGCAACAAUUCCACCAUGACUUUAAGGAAGUUUGUGGAAGAGCUCCAUACUUAUGUAGAUGCAUUUUUCCCCACUGCUUCUCUGAAUAGGAUCAACAUAAAACAUCUAUUUACAUGUCAAUAUAUGUAUCAGUAUGCGUCUGUUCCCAUGUAUCAUUUAACACUAAUUCAGGUUUAGCGAUUAUUGAAUUUUUCAGGAUUUCUUCUGCAGACUUUCAAUUUAGUGAUUUCUGUAUUAAAUAAAACACUUCCUACAUUA